AUGAGCGCUGUUCAGAGAAAAUUACUCGCAAUAAUGGGAAAGGAUUACUACAAGAUCCUUGGAGUAGCAAAAGGAGCUAGUGACGAUGAAAUCAAGAAGGCUUACCGAAAAAUGGCUUUGAAGUUUCAUCCAGACAAAAACAAGGAGCCUGGAGCUGAGAAUAAAUUCAAGAGAAAAUUACUCGCAAUAAUGGGAAAGGAUUACUACAAGAUCCUUGGAGUAGCAAAAGGAGCUAGUGACGAUGAAAUCAAGAAGGCUUACCGAAAAAUGGCUUUGAAGUUUCAUCCAGACAAAAACAAGGAGCCUGGAGCUGAGAAUAAAUUCAAGGAAAUUGCUGAAGCUUACGAUGUACUGUCCGACCCUAAAAAGAAGGAGAUAUAUGAUAAGUAUGGUGAGGACGGUCUCAAGAACGGCGGACCCGACGUUGGAGGACCAGGAGGAUUCCAUUACGAGUUCCAAGGAGAUCCAAUGCGCAUGUUCACACAGUUCUUCGGAUCAGAAGAUCCUUUCAGUGGUAUUUUCGGGAUGGGUGGUGGCCAUCCUAAUAUCUUCUUCAAUAUGGGAGGAGGUGGUAUGGACGAUGGCAUGAACGGAUUUUCUGCAUUUACCGGUGGCAUGCCACAUGGACACCGAAGAUCUGCUCCAAAGCAGGAUCCUACUGUACAGCACGAGCUUAACGUUAGUCUCGAGGACAUUUAUCAAGGGUGCACAAAGAAAAUGAAAAUUACGAGAAAGGUUUUGAAUGCGGACGGUCAUUCCACCAGAGUUGAAGAUAAGGUCUUGACGAUUAACAUUAAACCAGGGUGGAAAAGUGGUACCAAAAUCACAUUCCCGAAAGAAGGAGAUCAGCAUCCUGGACGAGUCCCAGCAGACAUUGUUUUUGUCAUUAAGGAUAAGCCACAUAAAACAUUCAAGAGAGAAGCAUGCGAUCUACGAUAUAAUCAUCGUGUGGCAUUGCGUGAUGCUCUCUGUGGGUGCAUCGUUGAGGUUCCUACUCUCAUGGGUCCACCAACUACGUUAAGACUCGACAACAUCAAACCAAACACCGUAAGGAGGAUUACUGGAAAAGGAUUGCCAAAUCCUAAAGCGCCGGGUCAUUAUGGUGACCUGAUUGUACAGUUCGAAGUGGAGUUCCCCUCAAAGCCAAUAACGGAUCCGGUUUUACGUGAACAGCUUAUGAGAAUUCUUCCGCCCUUGUCUCAUGCAUAA